AUGUUGAUGAGAAAAAUUAUUAUGAGUUUUACACAAAACAGCAAUGAACCUUUGCAUGAAGCAUGGUAUAGAUUCAAAGCUAUAGUGAGAAGAUAUCCUCAUCAUGGUAUUCCUAAAUGGCAAAUAAUUCAAAUUUUUUAUGAUGGUUUAUGUUCAGCCAACAAGCAAAUGAUUGAUGCAUCAUGGGGUGGCACAUUUAUGAAUAAAAAUGAAGAUGAGGGAUAUUCUCUUUUGGAAGAACUUAGUGAGAACUCUUCUAACUAUGUUUCUUCAUCUUCUUUUAAUAGAUCUAAGGGUGGAAUUUAUGAGAUUCGAAAAUCAGAUGAUAAAGAAUGGAAGAGUGAAUUUGAUGAGCUGAAUUUUAUGAUGGAAAAAUUCUUGCUUUUCAGGAAAAAUUUAAGAGACAAGCUUGCAAAAUUUUUUCAAGUUUAAAUCAUGCUAAAAAUGAAUGUCCUCAAAUUAUUCCUCCAUCAUAUACAUCUGAACAAGUUCAAUUAGCUCAAAUUUUUAAUAAGCCUACCCAUGAUUUUGUGUAGAAUCUUAUAAACCUAGAUGGAGAAAUCAUCCAAAUUUUUCAUGGAAAAAUCAAAACAUGUUUAGUGAGCAAAGCCCUUCUAGUUAUCCCAACAUGUAGGUUAGACCUCAGCAGCAAACAUUUCCACCCAUGCAAGGUCAACCACAUCCAUCAAAUUUUCAAGCACACCAACCAUUAGGUCAAGGACAACAAGUCAUGGGAAACAGUCAAGAUAGUGACAAUAAAUUGAGUGGUUUACAACAGAUCAUGAUUCAACAAUAACAAAUCAUUCAACAAUUAUUACAACAACAAACUCAACAACAAGCCAUUCAACAAUUGCUACAGCAACAACAACAAAAUCAAUCCAUGCAUCAACUCACACAAAAACCACAUGCAGCUCAACAAUUUAGACCAAGUGGAGGCCAGCUACCUAGUCAACCCAUAGCCAAUCCACAAAAUCAUCCUCCUGGUUUUCAGAAUCAAACUAACAUGGUAAAUGGAGGUUUUGAAGAACCUUUUGUACCAUCUCAAAUGGAAGACAUGAAGGCCAUUUCUCAGCUACGAAACGGAAAGGUUUUGAGUGAUCCUUACCAACAAAAGGAGGAUGGAAAAGACCUCUCUUCUAUGGACAAAAACUUCAGAAGAUCAAAAACAGAAAACUUUAGAGGAAGAUGAUGAUUUUAGUGAUGAUGAAAAGGUUGAAAAAUCAAAGGUUCAAGUAAAUAUUGACCCCAAGGAAUAUGUUUCCACUACACCUUUCCCUCAUGCAUUAAAACCAAAAGUUAAAAAGGGAUUUAUGCGUAAUGAUGAGCUGAUGAAAAAAUUUAAGGAAGUGCAGGUCAAGAUCCCUCUCUUGGAUGCCAUCAAGCAUGUACCAAGUUAUGCAAAAUUUUUGAAGGUGCACACCUAAAAGAGAGAAGAGAAUCAUUCUUUCAUCACAAGUAAGUGCAAUUAUUCUUGAUCAAUUGCCCAUGAAAUGCAAAGAUCCAAGUGCACCUCUAAUCUCUUGUGAAAUUGGUGGAAUUAUUUUUGAUAAUGCAUUACUUGAUUUAGGUGCUAGUGUUAAUCUUUUACCUAUUGUCAUUGCUGAACAUUUUAGGAUUGGUGAGCUUAAACCAGCCUCUACAAUUCUUCAAUUUGUAGAUAGAUCUACCAAGAAACCUAAAGGAAUAUUAGAAGUUGUAAUUAUUAAGGUAGGUGAAUGUUAUUUUCUCGUUGAUUUUCUGGUUUUAGACAUGACAUUGUCACAUGAAUUAGAAUAA